CUCACGCUUUGAGAAGAAACAUCACUAUACACACACACAUAUAUAUAGAGAGAGAGAGAGAGGACGAUUAUCUCAUAUAGUAUAGUACGUAGCACAGAAGCCGUUUGCACACAAGCUCUCUUACCAUCAUCUACGCAGUGAAAGCGUGCUGAGAAAAGACAAUAUUGAUGGACUUGAUAUGUAUUGAGGGACCCCCAAGAACGGGCCCUAGAAAAGGAACAUGGGCUAGACAUGCUAUAAAAAUCAACUUUGAUGAUGGUGUCAAUAUGCUAUGAUGUACAUGAUGUUAACAACAGUAAGAGAGUGGGUAUUUCUCCUCGAUCAAUUAGACAUGAGGUUGCGGUUUCUGUCUCUCUUCUUGGAAGUGGUUGUCCUGGGCUGUCUGAUUCCGGCUCCACUGCAUACCGAGGGAGUCGUUGUUUUUAGUUUUAGUUUUUUUCUUUCCAACCUCACUCCAAGAAUGGGUAGUUGUAGUACCUCUACCUGUAGCCGUAAUUUUUGUGUAGCGACGAAUGAGCCAGCCUUGUAGGUGCCGUUCCGAGGUGUC